UCGGAAUUUGCAUUUGAUUCUGACGCUUGCCCGAUAUAUGCCAUAUGCUCCUAUAUUGACACUGUUGAAUUAUAGAAUUGAACAUUCUGUUGCUCUAAAGCUUUGCAAGCCGUAUAUGUGGUUAACUGUCACAUAUAGGUAUAAUAUGGCAGAAUUUUGAUAUUGCAAAAGUAGGUCCAUUGUAGAAGAAGUUGACUGCCACUUGUAGAGCUUAGAAAUCAUAAAACAUGCCUUCAUGGUGGAGGAAGUCCUCCUCCAAAGAUGUCAAGAAGAAGACAAGCAAAGAAAGUCUUAUUGAUUCCUUACACCGUAGAUUUAAGAUUCCCACAGAAGGUAAAGUAAACAAUCGAGCAGGAGGGUCAAGAAGACAUUUCAAUGAAACAGUGUCAGAGAAGGGCUCUCAGUCCCGAGCAGAGUCUAGAUCACCAUCACCUUCACCUUCCAAACAAGUAUCAAGGUCUCAAAGCUUUGCAGAUCGACCUCAUGCUCAACCGCUUCCUCUACCUGGGCUGCACCCUGGAAGUGUGGGCCGCACAGAUUCUGGCAUUAGAUCACCGAAACUGAGGUCAGAAAAAGGCUCCAAAUCCUCGUUGAUUUUGCCUAGACCGGCACGUAUUUGUAGUCGGCCAAAUCCUACAGAUUUAGAAGGAGAUUUGGUCACUGCUUCAGUAUCCAGUGAGAGCUCCAUUGAUACUGAUGAUCCUGGUGACUCUCGCCACCGCAGUCCCCAAGCAAUUGACUGUGACAAUGGCAGACCAGCUGCAGGUAGCCCAUCCAGGGUGCUGCUCAAGGAUCAGACCUGUCCGGUUGUCCAAAUAAACUGUAGAGACACAAAAAAGCCAGCCAAUAUUUCAUUCAUUAAUCAUGUCUCCCCUACAUCACCGAAACGGAGACCUUUAGGAAGUCAUGUGCCAAAUCUACAGGUUCCAUAUCCCGGUGCCUUCAGCAGUGCUCCAGACAGUUCUAUGUCAAGUCCUUCCAGAAGUCCACUGAGAGUGUUUGGCACUGAUCAGGUCAUAAAUUCUGCUUUCUGGGUGGGGAAGAGUCACCCGGAUGUCACUUUACUUGGAUCUGGCCACUGCUCCAGUCCUGGAUCUGGACAAAAUUCUGGACACAACUCGAUGGGAGGGGAUAUGUCUGGACAGUUAUUUUGGCAACAUAGCAGGGGUAGCCCUGAAUAUUCUCCAAUUCCUAGUCCAAGAAUGACUAGCCCUGGGCCAAGCUCAAGAAUUCAGAGUGGUGCUGUCACACCCAUUCAUCCUAGAGCAGGAGGAAUGACCAUAGAAUCGCAGGUAAGCUGGUCAGAUGAUGGGAAACAACAAAGCCACCGAUUGCCACUUCCUCCUGGAACAAUCUCCAAUUCUUCUCUGUUUAUUCAUUCAAAUUCAGCAGCAACAUCUCCCUCAGUGCCACGAAGUCCAGGAAGAGCGGAGAAUCCUGUAAGCCCUGGAUCUCGCUGGAAAAAGGGGAAGCUACUAGGUAGAGGCACUUUUGGGCAUGUCUAUGUUGGCUUUAAUAGUGAAAGUGGUGAAAUGUGUGCAAUGAAAGAGGUUACAUUGUUAUCUGAUGAUGCUAAAUCAAGGGAAAGCGCAAAGCAGUUGAUGCAGGAAAUCUCUUUAUUAAGCCGCUUACGACAUCCAAACAUCGUGCAGUAUUAUGGUACUGAAACAGUGAGUUUUCAAUCUGGUUACUUUCAUUGUCUAUUUUAUUCAUAUGAUGAUGAUGAUGAUAUGAACUAUUUAAUGAUCGAAGUUUUCGUGCAUUUUAACUUUGGGAUGGCGAAGCAUAUUGCUGGGCAGUCAUGUCCACUAUCGUUCAAGGGAAGCCCUUACUGGAUGGCACCUGAGGUAAUAAAGAACUCGAAUGGUUGCAGCCUUGCUGUGGAUAUAUGGAGUCUUGGAUGCACUGUUUUGGAAAUGGCUACAACAAAACCACCCUGGAGCCAGUAUGAGGGGGUUGCUGCCAUGUUUAAGAUUGGAAAUAGUAAGGAACUACCAGCUAUUCCAGAUCACAUCUCAGAUGACGGAAAGGAUUUUAUAAGGCAAUGUUUGCAACGUAACCCACUGCACCGACCGACAGCUGCUCAGCUUUUGGAGCACCCUUUUGUGAAAUAUGCUGCUCCAUUGGAAAGGCCCAUCGUGGGCGAGCAUUCAGAUCCAUCUCCUGGGGUUACAAAUGGAGUGAAAGCUCUGGUAUUCUUUCUUCUCUUUCCUGUGGUCAGGAGACUUUUUCUAUUGUCAAACUUCUUUUCUGCCAUGAUCAUUAGUUGCAUUAUAAUUGUAGUAAUUAAAAAUCGUAAUAAAUAUAAUUGAGAAAAUUAGAAUUAG